GCAAAAACAGAAUAAGAAAAGGUCGUGUUAUGCAAUUCUCCGUUCUAUAGAAUUAUUUUUCUUAUUUCUCUUCUAACUAAGUUCUAUAUAUAAAACUAAAACUCCGACAUUACAAUCAUCAAUCUUCUCUGCAAUCUUCAAAUUAACAAGCAAAGAAAAAGAAACCAUGGCCGCCUCUUCCGCCUUUGCUGCUGUUGCCAAGAGACUACAAGGCAAAGUUGCCUUAAUAACCGGAGGAGCUAGUGGGAUCGGCGAGGCAACUGCAAGACUUUUUGCUAGACAUGGCGCCAAGGUUCUCAUCGCCGAUGUCCAAAACAAGUUGGGUCAAUCCUUAUCGGAGGAAAUCCGGUCAGAAACCGGACAACCUGUAUCAUACAUCCAGUGCGAUGUAACUCAAGAAACCGAUGUCGAAAACGCAGUAAACACUGCCGUUUCAAUGCACGGAAAGCUUGAUAUAAUGUACAACAAUGCAGGAAUUAUAGGAAAAUUUGAUCCCAAUAUUUUAUCACUGGAACGCGAAGAUUUUAAAAGUGUGAUGGACAUAAAUUUGUACGGUGCAUUUUUAGGAGCCAAACACGCCGCAAGAGUAAUGGUUCCAGAAAAGAAAGGGAAUAUCCUUUUCACAGCAAGUGUUGCUGCUGUAACUUAUGGUGGGACUCCAUUACCUUACGCAGCAUCAAAACAUGCAGUUGUUGGGUUAACAAAGAAUUUAGCAGUUGAAUUAGGAAAAUAUGGCAUUAGGGUGAAUUGCAUUUCACCUGCUGGAAUACCAACACCUAUGGCUGCCAAAAUAAUGGGGGCGGAUAUAAAAACUGUGCAAGAAGUAUCAAUGGCUGUGGCAAAUCUAAAAGGAGUGAAGAUUGAAGCUGAUGAUGUUGCUGAGGCUGCAUUAUAUCUUGGAAGUGAAGAGUCUAAGUUCGUUAGCGGAUUGAAUCUUGUUGUUGAUGGAGGUCAUUCUUUAAGGCAUUCAGAUUUUGGUUUUGAAGAUAAAUAAGUCUUAAUUAAGGUUUAAUUACACUUAAUAAGUCUUAAUUAAGGUCACACAAGGUGAUGAUUUUUUUUUUUUUGGGUUAAAUUUGUAUUGAUCAAGGAAGAGAUUUGUUUCGUUGUUGGUGAAAUUCAAAACCUUAUGUGAUUCUUGAAGUGUUUUAUUUUUGUUAUUGUAGUAAUAACAACGAUAAUUGGAAUAAA